CCCGUUCAUUUCCGCAGAUCCGUACACGCGCGUGUUUGAUCUGCGUAAACGAACGGGCAUGAAACCGUCGAGCAAGCUUAUUAUCGGGAACGAUCUGUUCGUCAAUCGACCGAUUGAUCACUCAGAGGGUGCGAUGUUUGUUCGAUCGCUUGGUUGUCACAAUCAACCGCGGUGCUCCCAUGGAAGGGGGAGAUUUGGGUUCCGUCCUUCUUCCCAACUCCAUCGGAGCGAGGUCCGUGGUUGCUUCGACGAUAGCGACGACGAAGCACAGGAGCAGACGCGGCCUUCGCCACUUAGGCGGGGAGACCGGUCUGUCCUGAGUAUUCCUGGGGUGGAAGGACACACCCCGGUUCUCGACCGGCCGUCGACGUCAACCGGGGGGGAUGAGGAAGGUGUACAGCAGCCUGCGCAUAAGAGAAGGGGAGGUCCUCAGAAAGAGGGUGCGGGUUUGGCAAAGAAAUAUACGGCAAGGACCCCCCAGACGACGGGGGGGGAAAGGAAGGGAGUUGAGGGGCAGGAGGGCACAUCGGGUCGGAAACGCCCGACGUCGGUGCAGAAACAGCCUCAGUCGGGUGCUCUCGAGGCGAAGGGUCCCAUUGACAUCAACGCCACGUACUUCCUCGAAUGGAAAGACAGUGUGAGGACAAAGCGAGAGUUCUUCAUUAGCCCGUCGCGGGUCGUCGAGAUCGGUGAGUGGGAAGCGUCGUACAACCAACGGUCGUUGGAUCCCGUGCACACACAGCUCAUCAUUGACGCGAUGAGGAUGACCUUCUCGCAAGCCGAGAAGACGUACGAGUUGCUUACCCUUAAGCUGGCGCCACUCGAGCGGGAGAAACCGAAGCCGGGCGUACGGGCGGAUCGUCUGAAGCCAGAGGACUGGAAGCACAACGCGGCUGCAGCCAAGGCGCUGCUCGACACCGACGUCGCAUUGAGAUACAACUUCGAGAGGUGGCCUGCAAGUAUGGUUUACUUCUCGGACGAGGAGUUCGAAGGGUAUUUUCUGGUCAGCUCGGAGGACAACAAGAAGGACUUGAAGGCGCCUCCAAGACAGUUGAAACUAUCAAUGAAGGACAUUCGGUGGCUGUGGAAGGAAAAGGGUUUCCCAAAGGCUGUUAUGGGGAACCCCAAUGGAAAACAAGCUCAUGUGCAGAAAUGGCGUGAGUUCUGUGCGCAUGCACUUCACAAGACGCCUUACAACCACUUGUGGAUUCUCGUUGAUGAGAAAGGCGAGGACAAUAUUAAGAACCAGAACGCUGCCCUUCGCUCUUAUUUUCCACUGGUGAUGGCUGGAAAAAGCGCGUGGGAACUGGGUAUGGAAUUCUUCAAGAAAUGGGAGACGGGGAGACUUCUGACACCUGAGGGGGCGAAGUGGAUCACAAAGAAAAGGAAAGUGAAGGACGUCAGGCCCGGCGUUAGCCACAUCAAAAACGAGAAGUUGGGGCAAAAGGAGAUCGUCUACAACGUCCCCGUCCUCAACUGCAAGGUUUUGUGGGUGCAGACAGGCUCCGCUUCAUUGGCGAAGCAAGGGAAGCUGGGAGUGCAGGAAGCAGUGCACCUGCUGAAGUGCGACCUCAUCUUGGUGCGAUUGUGGAACUACUACCAAUUUAUGCACGAGAACCGGGCGGAUACGGACUGUACACGUGCGUAUCCCUUCCUGAAGAAGCGCGAGGCGAUUUUGGUGGAGUUCGAGAAGCAGGGAAUGGAUCCCGCGUUGUGGGACGGAAGCAGGAAGCUCGUCAGUGACGCCUCGCUGUUCAAGGACUGCCCGCCGUACAUAGGGUGCGAGGAUGUCAAAAUGAUCAAGGCGACGGAAAAACUCGCCCUCAACAAGAAGUUAUCCGCCGAAUGGAAGAACAAGGUCCUCUCCGUGUUGACCGACAGUAGGGCGAAGAGUAUGGAGGUCGCGCUUGCCGAAGGCGUGGUGCAUGUUCUGUGGAAAGACUCGGGGGACAUGACAUCGAUUGCCCCGUUCAGCGUUGACCCUCUGGAGGCGCAGAUGAGGGUCACGAAGUUGGAGAAAGCGGUUGGGACCACCAAAUGCCAUACGUGCGUUCUCGAUCUGCGCGAUCCGGUGGACUUCAAACAGUGGACGCCGGAAGCUAUUGAGAGUUUGAAUUCCCUCCUCGAGCAAUUGUUUCCGUCACACCGGACGGUCGUCGCUUUCGUCCCUCUGCGGUGGGACUACUCCUUCAUGACCGACCUGCGCCAUCUGCCCGUUGUGAAGGCAAUGGCAGGCAAGUGGGUCAGGAGGACGCAGCAGAAGAAACGUUUUCCAGUGGGGAACAACUUGUACUCGGCUGACAACCGCAUGCACGUUCUCUUCAAAGGUGACGAUUUGCGGGAGAAUACUUGUGACUGUCGGAAGGUGACGCUGCGGCUAAGGCGACAAACGGUUGGGCAAUGAGGAGGAUGCCUACUGUGAGGAGUCGUCUGACUCGUUCGGGUAGCUUUAUGCAGGUCAUCUGGGGUUUGAUGUCGACGACGAUGCGACGACAAUGGAGAUGGAGACGC